GUGCAAGCCAUGCAAAGCCGAAACGAAAUCAGCAGCAGCAGCAGCAACAGCAAUAGCGACUGCGACUGCGACGCAGCAACAAGAAUUCUGGCCAUUUGCCGACUACAGUUAAACGCGUUCGCUUCAUUCUGCUGCGCGCUUGCCGCCCUUCGAGCGUACUCCAAGGUUUGAAACAACAACUGCCGCCAACUAUAAACGUAAUCAAAGCAACAAAGAAGCGCACGACGCAAAAACAAAGUCUUCAACUGAGAGCGAGGAACGCAGCGAAGGAGAGAGCGAGACGAGCGUCGUUAACAAAGCGAGUGAGAGAGGGCGAGAGGGAGAGGGAGAGAGAGAGAGUCUGAUCGAGGUACAUACUUACGCCGUGCACACAUAGAGGAGACACAGGCAGGCGAGCUGGCAGCUGUAGCUUGGCCAAUACGAAAAAAUUACGCAUACGCAGUGUGAAGCGCAAUCGCAGCCAAGAAGAGCAAAACAAAAACAAGACACAAAACACACAAACAGAACGAACAGCAAAUACAAGAGAAAAGAUUAAUAAUCAAAUAAACUGAUCGGCACUGACUCAGCCCAAUUGUGUGUGCAGCGCCCAACCCGCCCAUCAAUGCCGUUGGCCAGCGAAAUUGUGAACGAUCAAAGAUAGUUUGCGGCAGUAAUUGAAACGUUUGUCAAGUGUCUGGAGCAACUGCAACUUCUUAGCACAACAACAACUGCAACAGCAGCAGCAGCAGCAGCAGCAACAACAACAGCCAACGAGAGCGUAUCGCUGCCUCAGAGCCACCGUGCAGGCAGCAUUGCAUUGGUGGUGCAACUAUUCAAACUGUAGCCGGCCCGAAACUCAGCUUCAAGACGUCUUGCAAACGGUUGAAAAUGGAAAAGACUCCCCGGUAUACGCAGCGGGAGCGUAACAUGGUGCUCGGCUAUGCGGCCCAGUACAAGGAUGUUAUUGAGAACAAGCGCACAGACGCCGAGUCCAAUCGGAAGAAGGACGAGGUCUGGCUGCAGAUAGCCAAGGAGUUCAACUCGAAGGUCUAUCACCAGCGCAGCGCCAAGCAGCUGCGACAGCUCUACAAGAACAUGAAGCUGCUGCUCAAGAAGGAUCUGUGCGGCGAGGACAAGGGCAAUCGCUCGUUCAUGGACCUGCUCAACACGCUCUCCCAACAGGACUCGGUCGCCCAAUACAUAUCCGAGCAGACCGACGGUGCUGGCAGCCAAGCGACCGGCAAUGGACGUCACUUGGCCGAUGACUUUGAAGAUUCUAAGCAGCUGCCCAUGUACGAGGGCAUGGACACGGAUGUCAUUCUGAUCAAAUCGGAGACAAUUAGCGACAAUGAACAGACAGAGAAUGGCAUGGACUGCAUGGACGAUGAUGACGAUGACGACUGCCCCAGCACCAAGGUGCCGGAAGUGUGUCUCGAGGAGGAUGACGAUGAGCUGUUCGCGGCGGAUCUGCGUCAGCUAAAUCACGGCUGCUUUCCCCGCAUGAACGGCACGCAUUUGGCCAAUGGCAGCAGCAGCAACAACAACAACAACAACAACAACAAUAACAACAACAACAGCAACGAUCCAGUGCCACGUGCCUCUAGCUCACCAGUGUGCUCCACCAAGACCUCCGUCUCAUCCACCGGCAGCUACAUGUCCGCCGGGUUGCCCAAGGCCGAGAUCACGCUCUCAACUGUGGGCAACAUACGCGUCGGCGCCUUUGCCAGCAUAAGCAAGGCGCUGCAGAAUGUCUCCAACAACAGCAACGGCAGCAGCAACAACAACAACAACAGCAUUAGCUGCAACAACAACAACAAUGAUAACAACAGUAACAACAACAACAGCAGCAGCAAUGGCUUGGAGCUAACAGCGGAACAGAUCCAGCAGCAUUUGCUGCUCAAUGGCCUGGGCCUGUCCGCCGUACAGCAUCCGCCGGCGCAAUCGCUGCAGGCGGCCAUCAAUGCGAGCACCAGCGGCGUGGGCAGCGGCACCGGCAGCAGCAGCACGCGGCAUACAACGCAAACGUUGCAAUUGCCGCGUCUGGCGCGCGGCCACACGGCGAGCAGCGCGGUGCGAGGGGCCGAGACGCCAGCAGUUGCUGCCGCCGCCGCCGCUGCCGCUGCUGCCGUUUGCGCCGCCAACAACAACAACAACAACGUGAACGUUGCCGGCGGUGUUCAGCUGCUGCUCAACGGGCAUCAGAGCCGCGACAAGGUGCAUGCGCAGCAGCCGGGCGGCGGCCUCAGCGUUGCUGCCGGCAGCUUCAAUGGCUACAAUGGACUCGGCGUGAGCAGCAUCAAUGCGAUCAAUUGUGCCGCAGCGAACAGCAGCAACAGCAACAAUCUGAACAACAGUGUCGGCAGCAACGGCAGCAGUCACAAUCACAACAACAGCAGCAGCAACAACAACAACCUGAACCACCUGAAUAACAGCAGCAGCAGCGGCUCGCGGGGUCAGCACAAUGAGUACAUGAUGUCGCUGGCCGUGGAGGAGCGCAAGCGGAAGAUCGAGCUGCUGAAUGCUCAGAUCGAGUACUGGCAGACGCUGACCAAGAAGCUGGACUCACAGUCCGGCCACUAUCCGAAUCCGGCGUGCCUCUGCCACUUUCCGGGCAACAGUGUCAUUGGGGCCAGCGUGGCCGUCAGCGCCGGCAGCGCAGCCGCAGCGAGCGCGCUGCAAACGCAGUCGAGCAGCAGCUAGUCCGAAGCGGAUGGCGGCGGCGGCGAUGAUGAUGAUGGAGACGGCGAUGGC